AUGGGUGUUGCUGAUGAAAACAACACUGCAAUCUUGGAAAUGUACACCGACUACGUUACCGUCACCGAAUCGGCACCCGAGGUAGUUGUCGACAAGGCAGAGACACACUUUGGGUUUAGGGUAGAAGAUAUGCAGACUAUUUUACCCGAGCUCGUGUACAGCGACAAUAACGGGGUUGCGCGGGACAUUAAAUGGAACAAUAUAACGACGCUGCUAGUGAAGGAGAAUCAGCAACUACACGUCACAAUUGCAGACCUUGUUGCGCGAGUUGAGGCCCUUGAGCAACCUUAA